UCCCUAUCUCACGAGCACGCUAGAUUCUCAAACCUAUUCAGCCCUUUUCGAGGCUAUGUUGUGCCUGAUCCUUGGCACUUUUCAGAUGAACAAGGUUUAUCUUGAUUGGAGGUCAAGCUUGGGACUUCCUGCUGUCCCUUUUUUAGGGUUAAAUUCGACACCAUGCAUGGAAAGGCCAAAUAACUACUCAAACAAUGUGGAAGCUGAUGCCAAUCCAACUCUAGCCUCUUUGAGAACAGACUUGCGCAACAUAUACAUUAGGUAUGGAUUGUUGUGCUCCACAUCUAGUCCAGGCAGCGAUGAAAUCUCAAAAGAAGAUGAAAGUGCACUCGAGCAUGAGUAUGAAAGCAAAUAUACUGAGUAUUUGUCAGAACUUGCGAAACUUUUGAAAGCAGGGACAUACAAGCUAAGAAUUGUACGGGAAAAGUACAAAAGCAGAAAUCAAGACUACUAUAGCUGGAAAAUGACGAACUUCAGCAACCGUACCUUGCCACGAAAGCAAAUGGAGAAAAUUCUGAAGGCGGCGGAAAUCGAUAAUGAAAGCAAUCACACAUUAUUGCUUUCAGCUCAAUUGGAGGUAGGAGAGCCAGAUGCUUCUAGCGAUCUUUUCAUUGGAACAGCUCAAAAUUAUCGAAAAGUCUAUGGAGGGAUUAAGGUGUACUUAAUAGAAGUAAAAAGAUAUCUGCAGUUCCACACAGUUUUUCACCGAACAGGAUGGCAAAUCAAUCUUGCCAAUCGUCUUUUGAAAUGUUGUCCGGCUGAAGUAAUUCGCGAACGUUUCAACUUAUUGGAACGCCUCAAACGAGAGAGCACAUUUUUUUCCAAGCAUGAUUUGGACGUACAAGAGUUAAUAAAAGGAGAACUGCCUGUCUCCAUCCAAAGUAGAUCGGUCGUAGCGCACCUGAACAGUGGGCAGACUAUUCUAUUUCCUGUGUCCCCACACUCCAAAAAAUGUCUGGAACGAAAUGAUGAAGAAAAAGAAUUUGUGAGUUCCAUACAAUCAUAAAUGGUAAAGUUUAUUUUGCUUAAUUCUGCUUCCACUCCCUCAAAGUUUUUUGCCAGACUGCAGCUGAACUCUGCCGAACCUAUUUGGGACGGUUCGGGACAGCCAAAAGAAAUAGCCGAAGCAUUGGUAGGUGCCGGAUUACUUCUGUUUUCUAACAAAUUGCAGCGAUGGCUUCCUGUCGUUGCCAAUCUUCGACGCAGAAGUGUCAUCUCGCAAUUUACACAUUUAGCAAGCAGAGCGGCUCGAGUAGCUAGAGCGUUGCAAUACAACCCUGAGCUUGAUGGACUUAUGA